AUGGCCUCCCCUCCCGCGUCCCCCCCGACCCACGCGGCCGGCCGCCGCGUGCCGCCGCCGUGCUGGACCCCGGAGGAGACCCAAUCCCUCGCGCGCGCCUACACGGCGCGCCGCCUCGCCGUCGGCCGCGCGCACCUCUCCUCCGCCGACUGGUCCGCCGUCGCCGCCGCCGCCACGCCCUCCAAGACCGCCCGCCAGUGCCGCCACAAGGUCGAGAAGCUCCGCCGCCGGCUCCGAUCCAAGAAGCGCCGCCCCUGCCCCGUCCUCGACGGCAUAGAUCUGCUCGACGACCCCUCCUCCUCCCCGUCCCGCUCCCACUCCCCCUCCCCACCACCACCGGCCUCCCCGCUCCCCUCCCCCUCCCCGCCCAAGAAGCGCAAACGCCCCGAAUACGCCGGACACGACAACGGCGGGGAGAGCGACGUGGCGCAGGCGCUCAGGGCCAUCGGGGACGGCUUCGUGCGCGCCGAGCUGCGCAGGAUGGAGGCGGACAGGGAGGCGCAGCGGAUGCGCAUGGACAUGGCGCUCCGCCAGCUCGACGCGCAGCGCCGGCUCCUCGAAGGCCUCGUUGGCCGCAUCGUCGACGCCCUGGACUGAAGCACCGGUCGCCGCCCGGCGCAAAGGUGUCUGCCCCCCGCCCUUUCGAGAUCUCUUGCCCUGUCAAGUUGAGGUGUUAGAUCUGUCCAUAUGUGUGUACCUCAUGCCUUAUGUCUUCUCAUGGAUCAUGGUCGUAGAUGUGUAGAUUGGUGUAGAGCAAUUCUCGCUGUUUUUUUUUUUACUCUCUUGUAUAAUUUUGUGUAUCAUCCAAGCAGAAGCACCGCUUCUCAUGGAAAAGAAAUAGUGGUUCCUCUUCGUUGUUUAGUUGAGCUGGCUUGUUGUGUGUCUCCACCUUCAGAUUGUUUGCAGUGAAGGUAUCAACUGUAAAACUCAGAUUUCUGGAAACUAUGUUUCUCGCCUCUCAGAGUUAUAGUUUCUUACCAUGGUGAAUGAAUACCCAUAUGUUCCC